UUUCAAUUUGUUUAUUAACCGAAAAAGGAAACAUGGCUAUUGGCAUUGACACUACGAAAUGGAAACCUAGAAAAAUAAAAGGUACGCCAGCAGCUAAAUUUCGAAAUGCUCUUGCUAUAGGAACAAUAACUAUUGGAAUAGCGUUUGGACUACUUUUCACAUACAUUCCUGUUACUAAAAACCUUAGGAAAGCAGCCGAAGCUCUUUAUGAAGAUCCUAUUGAAGAAGUAGAAAGAAAACAAAUGAUUGCCAGUGGUUUAUUGAAUAGAACGGGAGCCACAAUAAAAAAAAUUGUUGAAGAAUCUGAAAGACCAGAUAGACCAGAUAAAUAGUUUCUAAUGAAUAUAAACAGUUCUUGUAGGUUGGUAACAUAGCAUUUUUAUAUUAUAGAUGAAUAAAAAAAUAUUUAUAUA